AUGGAAGGCUCCUCCGACGCCCCACAGUACUAUUAUGACUCACAAGCACAGCAGUGGUGGGUGUUCAACACUGCCCAGGGAGAGUGGGAACUGUGCCCUGAUAGCGAGCAGACGGCAGCUGCAUUUGCAACACCUACGGCUGCUCCAGACACCCCGGACCAGCAGCAACAGCUUCGACUACCCGAGAAUGAAACUGCUUCUGCUUCCGCUAACAGCCUCCCUAAGGCUGGCGCCAGCCCUCCAGCAGCGCAGGCAGUCGUGCCAAUGGCAGUCCCCCCCGCCAAGGCAGCAGGAGGGUCAUCGCAAAACUCUUCCGUUCCCUCCGCGCAUAACGAACCGUCCUGUACUUCCCCCUCCGUCCAUUUGGACCCUUCGGCAGCCACCGCAGCUGCAGGAAGGCAAACGACAGGAACAGCGCCGUCUGAAGAACGGACAGUUAAUUCAGCUUCUCGCGUGCCCCCUUCACUGGCAGUACCGAGCAACGGUGGCUUGCAGGUAGACCUAUCCGCAGCAGUGGAAGAAAGCUCCCGCGGCGAGGCACUAGGCUUCUCCGCCCCUGAGGGCCUGCCAACUGCGCUCUCCGAGGAGAGCAGUGGGGAAGAGGACGCCUUGGGGAAUGCGCUGAAGCGUCUCAUGACCACCACCGUCUCGCGUGGCCAAAUGCGCAGAGCAGCAGCAGCCUCCGGCUCUACCUCAUUCCCCUGGCCCUUGGGGAUUUCCGAGGCAGCAGACAGCGACGAUGACGGGAAAGCUAGUAGCAAAGAGUCCAGUAGCUCGAGGACUCCCACCCCAGAGCCCAUUGUUAGACGAGUCACUAGAUGCAUGACAUUCAAAGAGCAGGGGGGCCUCGCCGGUUGCCUGCAGAAGGCUGUACAGUUGCGGCAACACCUUAUUGACACAGAAAAAGGGGGCCACGUGCCGGGGGCAGAGGAUGCCGAUAUCAAGGAGGAAGCCUGGAAGAUCAAAGCUCGAGCAAGGGCCAAGUCAGCGGGGACCGUUGCUAGGGAGCGGGCAAAGAACCGCUGGAGGGCUGCUGCCUUGGAACUCGCAAAUGGGCAUCAGCAGGAAGAAGCCUCGCGAAAAACUUCGAAUGCCGGGGCUCAAAGAUUUGCUGAUAUCGUUGCACUUGCUGCUGCAGCGAGAGCCAGAGAUCUUUCCAGGCCAGGUACGUGGUGGCCACACGACAUGCAGUCGAUUGCUUGGAGUGACUCUGUGCUGGCAGGCUCAGAGGAAGGCUUUCAGGGGCGCAGGGCCUCUGAGGACAUCAAUCCGGCGCUGGUGGCUGCCGAGUCAUCAGCUGCGCAGCAGCUGCCCUUUGUGUGGAACAGACGAAGGAGCUCAGAGGUGCACAGUAGAAUCCGCUUUGCGGACUCUACUCUUCGGGAUCCCACUUACGAGCAAGAGGUGUCCGGCCUCCUCAGCAACUCCCGCAAAGGCAGCGCUUCCGUUCCCGCAGCAGCAGCGGCAGCUACGACGGGGGCUCCCCAGUACCGUCGUGUGCCCUUCGUUAAGGAGGAUUUGACAGCUGUCAUGCGGGAGGUGCCCGAUUUCAAGUAUUACUACAUCGGUAGUGAGAACGCGUCCAGCUACCCGUACAAAAAUGUGCCCUUGGACCAACCAAUCCUAGACGCAGCCAACUUGGGCAGCGCCACCUUACCCAAAGCAGAUGUGGAAUACUCCAUGUUAGAAAACGGCCUUCGCAUCGCCUCUGUAGAUCGCGGAGGGCUGGUGUCAUCCCUGGGACUUUUCGUUAACACGGGAAGCCGGUGGGAAGACGUCACCAACUUUGGUGUGAGCCACAUGCUGCAGACGAUGGCAUUCCACUCAACUGCGCAUCUUUCUUUCCUUCGCACCGUCAAGUCCAUCGAGGUCAUGGGUGCCUCUGCCGCUUGCGCAGCUGGCAGGGAGCAUAUCAUGUAUACUGCCGAGUGCCAGCGCGAGCAGAUGCCUUUGUUGCUGCCGAUGCUGACGGGGAAUGUUCUUUUCCCGCGCCUCCUUCCUUGGGAGCUGAAGGCGAACCACGAUAAGCUGCUUCAUAUGAAGCAUAGAAUUGAGAGGACUCCUGACCAGAUGGUGUCAGAACUUCUCCACACGACCGCGUGGCACAACAACACCCUAGGGCACAAGCUGUAUGCAGCAGAGAAGAGCCUUCAACAUUUUAACGCCGACACGAUCCGCAGCUUUAUCCUGGAUCACUUUAGCCCAGGCAACAUGGUGUGUGUGGGGGUGAACGUCGCCCACGAUGAUCUGUGCAAGUGGCUCAUGCGUUCCUUCGUUGAUUACAAUGCGGUCCCCCCAAAGGAACGAAAGGCCGCCAAGCCGGUAUACACCGGAGGCGAUGCCAGGAUGGAGGCUGUUUCCCCGCAUGCGCAUAUUGCAAUUGCUUUUGAGACCUCUGGCGGAUGGAAUAGCGGGGAUUUAGUGGCGUACAGUCUGUUGCAGACGCUGGUUGGGGGAGGCGGAGCCUUCAGCACCGGGGGUCCUGGCAAGGGCAUGUACACCCGGCUGUAUCUCGAUGUUCUCAAUAAACACGAAUGGGUUGAAAGCGCCAUGGCCUUCAACACGCAGUACUCGGAUAGCGGUAUCUUCGGUCUUUACAUGCUCGCAGCUCCCGAUAAGGUGGCAACAGCUGUAAAGGUUCUAGCUGAGCAGUUCGCCAAGAUGCGUAGGGUGUCCGCUGAAGAGUUCAACCGGGCGAAGAACUCCCUAAAGAGCUCUAUCCACAUGAACCUUGAAUGCAGAGGCAUCGUCAUGGAAGAUAUCGGGAGGCAACUGCUGAUGAGCGGUCGGGUGAUUUCGCCCCAGGAGUUUUGCAAAGCCAUCGACAAUGUCAAAGAAGCAGAUAUAAAGCGGGUUGCCGACAAGAUGUUCUCCAAGCCCCCCACAGUUGUUGCAUAUGGUGAUAUCUCUUGUGUCCCCCACUACGAGGAGAUCCGUGCCGCCCUUCAGGCAGCAGGGGUUGGUAACUGA